AGGAAGAGACAAGAUUCCAGAGUCGUGCAGCCGCAUAGAAGUGCAUCUGCAUCAGCUCGCUAACAGCUACCCUUCGCUAUCUCGAUUUUGUCAUCGGCGGACGACAUGCUGUUUGCUAAGGUAAUAGUGACAUUGGCCGUGUGUGGGACCCUCGCUCAUGCGGCGCCGCAGCGUCUCCUUGGCGGGGGUGGCGUAAGCGCUGAUAAGGACGCCGUUAUUACGUCCCAGCAGCUCGAGGUCAACUUCGACGGCAACUACGUCAACAACUUUGAGACGAGCAACGGCAUAAGCCAUCAGGAGUCGGGCGGCCCCAAGGCCAACGGUCCCGAGGGCCCGGCCAUCGUCUCUCAGGGCGCAACCUCCUACACGGCACCAAACGGCGAGGUCGUCAGCAUCCAGUUCGAGGCCGGCGAGAACGGCUACGUGGCACAGGGAUCCCACAUCCCCACCGCGCCCCCAAUACCCCCAGAGAUCCUCCGCGCCCUCGAGUGGAACGCAGCUCACCCCGAGGAGGACAGCAUCGACAGCCAGCCCAACAGACCACCCCUUCGAGGUUAACCGCAAGAUGUUAUAGAACUCCACUCAUAAUGCCAAGCCAAGCAUCAGGAUAAAAGAUGGUAAAACAUUCAAUGCAUCAGCGAAGGAGCUUCAACAUAGAUAUUAUAGGAUGAUGGGAGAGGGGGCAACCGGAAGGGGAGGGAAGAGAGAAGGAAAUAAUACGCAGUGCCAGGCCAGCAUAAACAUUUUAUAAAGUUUACUAACGAAUUUUUUAUAUGCCCAAUGAUUUUAUGCGUAGAUGCGCAGUUUAUAUACAACAUUCUUGAAAUAAAAAA